AGUACAGAUAACCUUUCUAAUGUCAAUUUUUAAGUCAAAAUUAGAAUCAAUAACAUAAUAACAACAUUAACUAAAGAAUUCCAUAUACAAAACAAAAUAAAAUGGACUUCAACUUUAAGAACAUGGUUAAAGAUGCGGGAAUAGCGCUGACCAGAGCUGUUCAGUUUACUGAAGAAAAAUUAGGAAAGUCCGAGAAAACCGAGCUGGAUGCCAACUUUGAAAACCUAUGGGAACGGGCAGAAAAUACGAAAAAAAUCACAGAGAAAAUCGUGAAAAAUGCAGAAGCAGUGCUCAUUCCCAAUCCUGGAAACAGGAUGGAAGACUACGUAUUCGAAAUCAUCGAGAAACAGAAACCCUCGCGGCUCAGCAAUUUGGAGUACUUAGGCCAGGAUAUGGUGGAAGCUGGCACUUCCCUAGGACCUGGAACAGCCUAUGGAAGUGCCCUAAUCAAAGUGGGACAAUGGGAACAAAAACUGGGGCAAAAUGAGCGUGAUUUCAUUGGCUCGGCAGGCAUGUGCUUCACACAGCCGCUGAGAAAAUUCCUUGACACCGAAAUGAAAACCAUUCUUAGAGAACAAGGAAUCUUGGAAAUGAAGAGGCUGGACCUUGAUGCUUGUAAGAACCGGGCCCGAAAGACCAGAAGUAUGUUAGGACAAGGCACUGCGGAAAGAGACCUAAGAAUUGCACAGUCCGAGUUUGAUCGACAAACAGAAAUCACCAAAUUGCUGCUCGAGGGUCUUAGUUCGUCUCAUGCUGCGCACUUGAGAUGCUUGUAUGAGUUUGUCGAAACGCAAGCUCGGUUUUACUCUCAAUGUACUACGAUUAUGACUGAUUUGCAACGAGAACUAUCAAGUUUAGCCAGUAGUAACGCCCCAAACACCCCCACAUUUACUAUUAGCGAUGACUCGUUUGAAGUUCGUGAACAGAGAGAUGCUAAAGUGUUGUAUGAUUACGAGGCAAAAGAUGCUACAGAGCUCAACCUAAAGGCCAACGAGAUAAUUAGAGUCACGGAUAUUGCAGAUGACGAUUACAUGAUGGGACACAAAGACAACAAAACUGGAAAGGUUCCGAAAACGUUUCUGGAAUUUGUCAAUUAAACAAUCAAAAUACUCGCUCCAUGUUACGCCAUAGAUUUAGUAGAAAAUGCUCAUUGAAUUGCUCUGAAAAAUUACAUUGUUUUUAAGUGGCCGUUAUUGUUUUAACAAGUCUCUCUUUGUAGAGUGCGGCAACAAAACUACGAAGUUUUACUGCCUCGCUGCACUCUCUCUUAAUAUCUUAAGCACGUCAUAUUUGCUCGAGUCUCAAUAUUGCACCAAACCAAAAAUCUACGUUCUUUAUUCUCCACUGUAUGAUAAUUAGCCUUGUUCUUAGAAUGCGUUUAUCUAGAAGACAGCAUUUGUCCUAUACGAAACACGUAGUCAAUUCGAUGCAAUAAUUCAUUGAUUGCAAACAUGUUUUAAGUAAUUCGCAAAAACAUCGCAUUUUGUAGAGAUUGUUGUCAUUUUCAAACAUCGAGCUGCUUAUCAUUGAACAGCUUUUAGAAUGAUCUUCUAUACAUGUAUAUUAAUGCACUUUCGGGACUUAGCCAAUAUCCUCCUUUUCACCCAAUUAUUGUACUCUUCUAUAUAAUAUAUGUAUUGGGAAAUUAUCUCGACCAUGUCAAUAACGUUGUUGUUGUUGUUGUUAUUAAUAAACUUGCAUACCUAUAA